AUGCCUGAACCGGACCUGAAGAAGCUUGCGGAAUCGAUGCACGAAAUCCGUUUCAGUGAAUUGAUUGCUUCGAAUAUCAGACCGUCUAAGUAUUCGAGACAGAUGGGAGAAGGUGAUUUUAAGGCGAUCCAGAUGCGUAUGCACAACCCUGUCAAGUACCGCGCUUACAUAGCCUACUUCAAUCAGUAUGAUGACACAAGCGUGGGCAAUGUUAAAGCGAUUCUUCGCGAUCAUCUCUCAACGACCUUGGCGCCUCGUUACUUGGUCCCCCAACUGGGCAAUAUCUUGAAGCUUGUUUCGGAGCCAGUUGACGAAAUGCGGUUUAGCAUCGAAGAGUUAAUUUCACUAGGCGCGUUUUUGAAGACGGUACAAGCCAAAAACGUUCGGAUUGCAUCAGAAAAACACAAACUACUAUCGAGCACUUGCAGGCGUUGA